AUAACUACCCCCUCAGGGAGUGUCUCGCGGGGGAGGGGCUGUCUCUCUCCGCCUCUCUCGCUGAAGAUGCGCGGGGCUGGGCUGCAGAGAGGCGGGGAGAUGUCAGCGCCAGGGGCGAGGAGGAGGAGGGAAGCGGCUGUGCCCGGGAGGAGCCUGGCCAGCGUGAGGCAGCACAUUCUCCCAGCCGCAGGAGCAGCGAACCUGCUGCAGUAAGGGGCACCACAACAAAUCGCAGCAGCAGCAGCCAUUUGGGAUUCAGCCUGUGAACGCCGUGCUCUGUCCACCGCCUUCCUCCCUGCUGCCCGGGGCCGGGGGAGGGCCGCACACAGCCGGAAGCCCAUUCGACAGCUGGCGGGGAGCACAGCAAGAGUCAAAAUGUCAGACAAAAGUGAUUUAAAAGCUGAGCUCGAGCGCAAAAAGCAGCGCCUAGCACAAAUAAGAGAGGAGAAGAAACGGAAGGAAGAAGAAAGGAAAAAGAAAGAGGCUGAUCAGCAGCAAAAGAAAGAGCCAGUUCAGGAAGAUUCGGAUCUAGAUCGCAAAAGAAGAGAGACAGAGGCUUUAUUACAGAGCAUUGGUAUAUCCCCAGAACCACCUCUAGUCCCAACCCCUAUGUCUCCCUCUUCGAAAUCAGUGAGCACCCCGAGUGAAGCUGGCAGCCAGGAUUCAGGAGAUCUGGGACCAAUAGGAAGGACCCUGCAGUGGGACACAGACCCCUCAGUGCUGCAGCUCCAGUCUGACUCUGAACUUGGACGCAGACUUCACAAGCUAGGUGUGUCAAAGAUUACCCAGGUUGAUUUCUUACCACGGGAAGUGGUGUCCUACUCCAAGGAGACACAGACACCUCUUGCUACACAUCAGUCUGAAGAGGAUGAAGACGAUGAUGAGAUUGUGGAACCCAAAGCACGGAAUGACUCAGAGAUGGAAAAUCAAGAACAGAAACACGAGGUGAAAGAAGCUCCUCCUAGAGAAUUGACAGAGGAAGAAAAACAACAGAUUCUCCAUUCAGAAGAAUUCCUGAUAUUUUUCGACCGAACAAUACGUGUAAUUGAGCGAGCUUUGGCUGAAGAUUCAGACAUAUUCUUUGACUACAGUGGCAGAGAUGUAGAAGAGAAAGAUGGAGAUGUUCAAGCCGGAGCCAACCUUUCCUUUAAUCGUCAGUUCUAUGAUGAGCAUUGGUCAAAGCAUCGCGUUGUCACCUGUAUGGAUUGGUCUCUUCAGUACCCUGAAUUGAUGGUUGCUUCUUAUAACAAUAACGAAGAUGCUCCACAUGAGCCAGAUGGGGUGGCCUUAGUUUGGAACAUGAAGUUUAAGAAAACCACACCAGAAUAUGUUUUCCAUUGUCAGUCCUCUGUGAUGUCUGUCUGCUUUGCACGUUUUCACCCCAACCUGGUUGUUGGUGGAACAUACUCUGGCCAAAUUGUCCUGUGGGAUAAUCGCAGUCACAGGAGGACUCCAGUUCAGCGUACACCCCUUUCAGCUGCUGCUCACACGCAUCCCGUAUACUGUGUAAAUGUAGUUGGAACACAGAAUGCGCACAAUCUCAUUACAGUUUCUACAGAUGGCAAAAUGUGCUCCUGGAGCCUGGAUAUGCUCUCAACACCACAGGAGAGCAUGGAGCUGUCCUACAAUAAAUCCAAGCCGGUGGCAGUUACAGGAAUGGCUUUCCCAACAGGAGACGUCAACAACUUUGUGGUUGGCAGCGAGGAGGGUACCGUCUACACAGCUUGUCGUCAUGGAAGUAAAGCAGGAAUUGGUGAAAUCUUUGAAGGCCACCAAGGACCUGUCACGGGGAUCAAUUGCCACAUGGCAGUGGGCCCAAUCGACUUUUCCCAUCUUUUUGUCACAUCAUCAUUUGACUGGACAGUCAAGUUGUGGACCACAAAGCACAACAAGCCGCUCUACUCCUUUGAAGACAAUGCAGACUAUGUCUACGAUGUCAUGUGGUCACCAGUGCAUCCCGCGCUCUUUGCCUGUGUGGACGGGAUGGGGCGCUUGGAUCUGUGGAACCUGAAUAAUGACACCGAGGUUCCAACAGCCAGUGUGACAAUAGAAGGAGCUUCUGCCCUCAAUCGUGUCCGUUGGGCACAGGCUGGGAAAGAGGUAGCAGUUGGAGAUUCAGAAGGCCGCAUCUGGAUCUAUGAUGUUGGAGAGCUCGCUGUUCCACACAAUGACGAAUGGACCCGUUUUGCUCGGACACUGGUUGAAAUCCGUGCCAACAGAGCGGACAGUGAAGAGGAAGGGACUGUAGAAUUGUCUGCCUAGAGAAAAGGAGGUUGCCACUGUUUGUCUAGCGCAGCAUCUAUUCCCUGUUGAGUAUGCCAGUUUUCGGUGUCAAAUCAGUAUCGCUGUGGCUUUUGAUGCCAGUGUCCCUGCCAGCAUUGCUUAGAGAGCUCCAUGUUAAUCACACUGCGCUUUAUACAAGGCUGAGAAUCUCCAGAGCUGUUCUAUACUUUAUAUUUCUGUCUGAAACGUAAGAAAGAAAAGACAAAUCAAACCUUUAUGGGUUUAGCUGUUGCCUUUUAACUACUUAGUAGCUUUAUUUAAUAGCUAGAAACCAUGGUUAAACUUGUGCUCACAUGCACUUCUGGCAUAGUCCUAUUAAAUCCAUAUGAAGCCAGAUAUGAUUAUGUGCAGAUGUGGUGUGCUUCAUGAUAUGGGACUGGGCCAAAGACUUUAGAUGUGGUGUUUCACAUGGUGACUUACAUUAUGAAUGGAUGUACUAUACAAAAGUUGCUGCUCCUUAUUUAUUGCGGUGUGCUGCAUGGAACAUAUUUAUUUGAAAGCAUUAAAAUAAAUGAUCCUAAAGCAUGUGCAUAAUGAGAGCACUGCAUUGUCUCUGUGCUGCUGUAGAGGCUACAUUACCAUUCAAAUACUAAAGAUGUAAAAUCUAUAAAUAUUUGUUUGAGUGGAUGGAAUGAUUUUUUAAAAAUGCCUAUUACUUCUAGGCACUUUAACAAUAUUUCACGUACAGUUGGUCGUUGAUACUUGUCAUGGUAACACUAACAGGCUGACAAAGAAUUGUGGUUCCUGAGUAUGACACCAAUAUUGCCAAUAAACUUAUUCUGGA